AUGCCCGGGGAGGCCGCCGCGACAGCGGAGGCGCUCUCCGCGCCCUGCUGUUCGGGAAGCCCCCCCGCCCCUCCGCGGUGCCCAAUCCCAUCGCGGCGGCACCGUCGCGCCUUCCCCACUCGCCGCAGGCGCUUCUCAAAUGCCCGUCGGCUCAUGGUGAUGAUGGAGGCCGGCGGGGGCGCCAUGUCGAUCCCCAAUGUGGACAUCCCGCCGCCAAGGGUGUUGGAGGAGAUCGGCCCGCCCGUGGACGUGGAGGGCGGGGGGUCAGGGGAGGGCAAUGCGCCCGGCAAGCCGCUGAAGAUCAACCGCGACCUCCUGCUCUACCGGUGCCGCGUGCGCAGGCGCCGCGCGGAGACGGCGGCCGGCAGCCAGCGGUCGGAGAUGCUGCGCGAGGCCGAAGAGGGGUACCGGAGGGUGAUAUCUAUGGACGCCACGGACGGAAGGUCCUAUGUGGGCCUGGGGAGGCUGAUGGUGCAGCAGCGGCGGUUCGAGGAGGCCAGGAAGGUGUACGAAGGCGGUUGCACGGCCACCCAGGGGUGCAACGCGUAUGUAUGGACGGCCUGGGCGAACCUGGAGGCCAUGGUGGGCAGCGUGCCGCGCGCGCGCAAGCUGUACGACGCGGCCGUCGUGGCGGACAGGGGCCACCAGGCAGCCUGGCACGGUUGGGGCAUGCUGGAGAAGCGGGAGGGGGACUACGCGCGCGCGCGCGACUGCUGGAUCAAGGGGAUCAGGAACGCGGGCCGGGCGCCCAGCCCGUACCUAUUCAACUCGCUGGCGGUGCUUGCGGCGGGGCUGGGCCGGCAGGAGGAGGCGCGGGAGUGGUUCAGCAAGGGCACGCGGACGGCCAAGGGCGCGGGCAGCUUCGCGCUGUGGCAGGCAUGGGCGCUGAUGGAGGCGGAGAAUGGGGACAAGGAGGCGGCCCAGGGGCUGUUCGGGCGGGCGCUGGAGGUGAAUCCCCGGUCGAGGUACACCUACCUGGCUUGGGCGCUGUUUGAAAAGGACCAGGGGCGGCUGGACAAGGCCCUGGAGCUGCUGGAGAAGGGCCAUCGCCUGAACCGGCGGGACCCCGCCAUACUGCAGGCCUGGGGCGUGCUGGAGGCCCAGAUGGGGAAUUUUGACAAGGCGGGGCGGCUGUUCGAGAAGGGCACACGGGCAGACAGGAACACGCAGCGGGUGUGGCAGGCGUGGGGUGUGAUGGAGUUCCGGCGGGGGAACGUGGGCAGGGCGCGGGAGCUGUUCCAGGAGGGCGUGUGGGCGGGUCCCAACACCAAGGACGUGGCGUACGUGUUCCAGGCUUGGGGGGUGCUGGAGAUGGGCGCAGGGAACACUGUGCUGGCCCGGGAGCUGUUCAAGUGCGCUGUGAAGGCAGACCCCAAGAAUGAGACCACCUGGAGCACAUGGGUGCAGCUGGAGGAGCGGCUGGGGGCAUAUGAGCGGGCGAACGAGCUGCGCAACAUGAGCAUGCAGAGGCGGGUGGAGGUGGUGGUGCCGCGCAGCUUCACAACGCUGGAGGACAAGGGCAGCACGAGCCUGCAGCCUCUGUUCGAGAAGAUCUCCGAGUGGUUUCAGAACUUUGGGACGCUCAGCAGGGAUGAGUCUGAGGAUGAGCAAGACGUGGGAGAAGAGGAAAAUUAG